CAAUAAUUAUAAGUUAAAAUUAACAGUGAAUCGAUUAAGUGUAUAAAAAAACGUGUCAAGAUCAAGUGUGUGUCAAGGGGUCUACAACUUUCCUUUUGUAGUCACCGGGUGACAUCGGUCGAGAUAGAUCGACCUCGGACUCGAACGGCUUUAUUGUGGAUUGGAUUUUGGCGGAUCCAUUCAUAAUAACUAAGUAACUUCGAGAACUCACCCAAGUUGAACUUUAUUAGGGUUGUGAAUUAUGUUGAAAGUGUUUGUGAUAUAAAUAAUGUCUACACAAGCAUACUACAAGGAGCGCCUCGGGUUCGACCCGCAAGAGGCGAUGCAAGAGAGCCUCAAUGGAGGCGCAUCGUAUUACGACGGACACCAGCCGAAGCGGCACCGCGGUGACCACCAGCCUGCGGAGAAACACGACCAGGUGUACGAGGAGAACCUGAGCAAAUUCAAAGGUACAACAUGUUGGGACUUGUUUAUACAACAGUCAGAUGAACGAGAUGCGAUACAGAAAAAGACGUUCACAAAAUGGGUCAACAAACACUUGAAAAAGCACUGGAAGUAUUUGAAGACUUACACACGUCUUCACGUGUGCGAGAUCGUCAAUAACCAACCGUGUUGUCCUCCACAACAAGUGAAUCGACACGUGAACGAUUUAUUUGAGGAUCUGCGCGAUGGACUCAAUCUCAUCUCACUGCUGGAGGUGCUUUCUGGCGAACACCUUCCGCGGGAACGAGGUCGUAUGCGCUUCCACAUGCUACAGAACGUCCAGAUGGCGCUGGACUUUCUGCGGUACAAGAAGAUCAAGCUUGUCAACAUCCGCGCAGAGGACAUCGUCGAUGGAAACCCUAAGCUCACCCUUGGUCUCAUUUGGACUAUUAUCCUGCACUUCCAGAUAUCGGAUAUCGUAGUGGGCCAAGAGGCGAAUGUGACCGCGCGCGAGGCCCUGCUGAGCUGGGCCCGGCGCUCCACCGCCAAGUAUCCCGGCGUGCGCGUCGCAGAUUUCACGUCCUCCUGGCGCGACGGCCUCGCGUUCAACGCGCUCAUACACAGGAACCGCCCCGACCUCAUAGACUGGCGUAAUAUCAGGUCGAGGCAGGUCCGCGAGCGUUUGGAGACAGCCUUCCACGUUGUGGAGAAGGAAUAUGGAGUCACUAGAUUAUUAGACCCCGAAGAUGUCGACACACACGAACCGGAUGAGAAGUCCCUCAUUACAUAUAUCUCAUCACUUUACGAGACAUUCCCUGAGCCGCCCGCGGUUCACCCGCUGUUCGAUGCGGAGUCACAGAGACGCGCCGCCGCGUACACCGAGCAGGCGGCCGCGCACCGCGCAUGGCUACACGAGAAGUGCUCGCUCAUGCAGGAUCGAGCUUUCCCGUCUACACUGAUCGAGAUGAAGAAACUGCUGAGCGAGAGCACACGCUUCCGCAACGAGGAGGUACCGCUGCGGCAGCGCGAGAAGCAGAAGCUCUUCCACCAGUACCGCGACCUCGAGAAAUACUUCGAGUGCGUGGGCGAGUGCGAGGUGGAGGCGACGCUGCGGCCGGAGGCGCUGGAGCAGGCGUGGGCGCGGCUGCUGAUGGCGCAGCAGGAGCGCGAGAGAGACCUCGCAGAUGAGAUCCGUCGUCUGGAGCGGCUGCAGCGGCUCGCUGAGAAACUGCACAGGGACAUAAAGCAGACAGAAUCGGGACUGGAGAACGUAGAGCGUCACAUAGAGUCAGAGAUCCGUCGUGUGGAGCGCGGAGUUCAUCCCGCUGAGGCGAAGUUAGCCGCGGAACAAAUAGAGCAGGAGCUGCGAGCUAUGGAACAUGCCAUACAGGACAUGUUCCAAGAUUGUCACACCUUACGUGAAGGACGGUACCCUCAGGCGACAGACUUACAUCGACGAGUACAACAAAUCCACGAGCGUUGGCUGAGCAGUCGUCAGUCAUUCACAGGGCGGCUGGUCCCCCGCCUGUCCUCAGUGCGCAUGCCAGUGCAGCAGACCACAGUGCGCCGCGAGACCCGCACCGUGCUGGAGACCAGGGUACAUGAUGCUGACCCCAAGUUCCAGCAGCUGCAUCAAGCCACCAAGUGGUGUAAGGAGAGACUGAAAAAACUGCAUGAAUCUGAUUACGGCUCCGACCUGCCAACAGUACAACAAGAGCUCGACAAGCAUCAGAGAGAGCACAAACAAAUAGACCAGUUCCACUCUAAGGUAGAGCAAUGUGUACACAACAGAUCAAACUUUAGCGGUGAAGAGCUAAACUUGUACAACCAACAUUUGAGUCAGCUGCAAAAAUUGUAUGCUGAGCUGCUUUCUACUAGUACUAAACGUAUAUCAGACCUGGACGCCUUACAAGACUUCCUGCAGUCGGCCACAGCUGAGCUGAACUGGCUCAAUGAGAAGGAGCAGGUGGAGCUCUCCCGAGACUGGGCGGACCCGCACAUCAAUCUGCCCGCGGUACAACAUUACUAUGAACAACUUAUGUCUUCAUUGGAGAAGAGAGAGCUACAGUUCAGCAAUGUCAUAGACCGCGGAGAGGCUCUCAUAGCACAGCAUCAUCCUGCUACAAAGACUAUCGAAUCACAUCUGCAGGUGAUGCAAUCGCAAUGGGCUUGGGUUCUGCAACUUACGUUAUGUUUAGAAACACAUCUAAAACACACCACACAGUACCAUAACUUCUUUGAAGAGGUUAAAGAAGCAGAGAAAUGGAUACAAAAACGUGAAGAAGCAUUGAACUCGACUUUCUCACAGUCAGAGUUCACAUUAGACCAAGGGGAGAGACUUCUGAAGGGUAUGCAGGAGCUGAGGGAGGAGUUAAACGCGCACGGGGGCGUGGUCUCCCGCCUGGUGGAGGAGGCGCAGGAGAUACGUCCGGUGAAGCUGCGCCGAGCUCCUGUCACACGACCGCUGCGUGCAGAGACUGUGUGCGCGUACAAACACGCUAAUGUGGCAGUAGAGAAAGGUUCAUCAGUGACAGUAGUAGAUAACUCUGGCCGCGUGCGUUGGCGCGUGCGUGUGGGGGGUGCGGGGAGCGAGACCGCGCUACCUGCCGCAGUGCUGGCGCUGCCGCCGCCCUGUGCGGACGCCUUGCACGCUGCUGAUGCACUGCGUACUGCUUACGAUAGGGUGAUACAGUUAUGGCAGAGAAAACAACUACGAAUGCGUCAGAAUAUGAUAUUUGCAACUAUCAAAGUUGUUAAAGGAUGGGAUUUCCCACAAUUUGUUGCAAUGGGAGCGGAACAACGUCAAGCGAUACGUCGAGCACUUAAUGAAGACGCAGAGAAGUUGCUAAGUGAAGGUGACGCUGCCGACCCUCAGUUGAGAAGACUGCGGCGUGAAAUUGAUGACGUCAACAGACUAUUUGACGAGUUCGAGAGGAGAGCACGAGCUGAAGAGGAAUCGAAGAAUGCAGCUCGCAUAUUCACAGAACAAUCCAGCAGUCUGCUCGAACGUCUUGAGGUGUUCGAGAGGCAGCUGCACGAGCGCAUCGCGAGCCACAUCCCGCGGGACCUGGACAGUCUGGAACACCUCGUGCUGCAACACAAGGACUGGGAGACAGGCCUGCACGGACUCGCCACCGAUGUGGAAGAGGUCCAGAACACGUUCAGAAGUAUCGCCCUCAAGACCCCGGCUAUGAAGAAGAGCCUGGAUAAGGUCAUGGGCAAGUGGACCGACAUGCACUCUAAGAGUCAGCUGUUUGUCGAAAGGUUGAAGUUUGUGGAGAUAAUAGUGAACAGUAUGGAGGAGAACAACCAGACAAUAUCAGAGUUGGAGAUGAAACUGGCGCAGUUCCACGACCUGCCCAAUGAUGUCGAAAUGUUGAAAGAUAUGCACGAAGACCUGCUACGUCUGCAGGUGGCUGUGAGCAAGCAGCAGGUGCAGGUGGACCAGAUGAACGACGACGGCGAGACCUGCCGCCGGCUGGUGGAGACAUCACGCAGCGGGCUGCCUCACGCCUCCCUCCCCCGCAAACACGCAGACCUGGAGCGCCUGGACAAGGAGCUGGAGCAGAUCAACACGCGCUGGAAUAAUGUCUGCCAGCAGCUGGCUGAGAGACUGCGAAGCUGUGAGGCGGCGUACCAACUGCUGCGUAACUACAGUGUGGGGCUGCAGCAGGAGACGGACUGGGUGGAUGGAGCAGCUGCUCGUCUUCACACACAGCCUCCACUGGACCACCGCCCCAAGGAACACCUCGAGACCACCAGGGCUCUACUUACAAGUGUCGUAGAGAGGACACCAAAGAUAGAGAAAGUUAAUGUAGAUGGAGGACGAUUCAUUCGAGAGGCAAAGAUCCACGGCUCCCGCUGCCAGCGAUAUGCGGAAUGGUUGUGCGAGGAAGUUCAUCCUUCACUGGACGCGCGCCAGCUGAAGAGGCAAGGAGAUGCAGAGCUCUCUCAGCGGCUGCAGCGCUGCGGGAGAAGUGCUGGGGAGACGUCGGGUGCUGAAGCGGUCGCUAGAGAGCUGGACGAGCUGAAUGCUAAACAUCAAAGAUUACUGGAUUUGCUGUAUGAGAGGCUGAGGAGAAUAGCUGCUGCUAAUCCUGGAGAUAUUGUUACUUUGCGGCUCGUGGAGGCAAUGGCACCAAGAUCGGCGAGAUCUUUCCGCCAAGAAUUCAAUAUGCAGGAUGUAGCGACCACUGAACAUACCUACACCACCUUCACUACAGAGAAAUAUAUGAGAACGUCACAUUCGACGGAAUUCGACGGUCAAGGAACAGUUAAAUCAAUGGCCAAUGGCAAAUUAAGUUCGCCUAAUUACACUACAAAAACAAUUAUAACAGAAGAAGAGAGACCUGAUGUUAGAAAACUCAAACGGGUGCACAAAAUGUACGAAGGUCCAAAUAUAAUUGAAUCACGUGGUAUUAUUCACCCCGAAACAAGAGAAAUUCUAACAGUAGGUCAAGCGAUCAGUAUGAGAAUCCUAGAUGUUCGCACCGGAAGACUUCUGUCUUCGCCUGAAACAAGACAAACAAUGACAAUAGAACAAGCCGCACAAGAAGGUCUCAUAGACCCCAAACUCGCUGCGAGGCUAACCGGGCCUUGUGGCAUGACUGAAGACGGAAAUGAAGUAACUCUUUUGGAAGCAAUUCAAAGAGAACUCUAUGAUGCCGAACAAGGCCUGUCGGAUCCAGCAGAAAAGAGAAUAAAGGUAACAGUCGAUGGCGAGAAAAGCACUACACAAGGAAUGAGUAUUUCGGACGCAUUAAAUCAAGGACAGGUGGAUUUGCAAAGAGGCCUUUACAGAUUACCGAAUGGUACUUACAUUACUAUAGCUGAAGCGUACCAAAGAGGCUUCCUGAUCUACAAUGAGAUUAUCAAAAUUAAAUCAAGCGCUUUGUCUCUUAGCGAUGCGAUUAGUCAAGAUUUAGUAGAUAACAAUGGUUGGAUAUUGGACAGGAACUCGGGCGAUAGAUUCCAAUUAGAUGUUGCCAUUCGAAAUGAAUUAAUUAAUACCGAGUUUAGGGAAAUAGUUGAUCAUAAAAACGACACAAAAAUAACGCUUGCUGAAGCUAUAGAAAGAAAUAUUAUUAACACGAAACAUUCGAAAUACAUACAUAACGUAACAAAAGAAAAAUUCAGCUUCAAAGAUGCUGCGAUUAAACGUUACAUUUAUAAACCUAUGACUCUUAAAGAUGUUUGUGAUAAUAAUUUAAUGACAAAUGAUGGCAAAAUUCUAUCACCUGCGAAUAGAGCACCUCUUAACAUUUUGGAAGCUAUUUCUGCGGGAGUUCUCGAUAGUGACAAUGUAAAAUGUAUUUCUAAUACAACUACAGGGCAACUUUUAACUUUAUCUGAAGCUUUAGGAGCUCGCAUUAUUUUAACUGAUAACAAAUUCCGCGACAAUUUAACAGGUGAACUUUGUACAAUACCUGAAGCAGUAGACCGCGGUCUUAUUACGUCUGUUUCUCAAAGAUCUAUCUUUGACAUCGAUGGAUUUAAAGAUCCGAAAACCGGCGAAUUCGUUUCAUUCAAUACUGCCUUAAGUAAGGGUAAUUUAAAAUAUGUUAAUGGUGAAACCUUCCUCAAAUCUGAAAGCGGCGACUUUGUUUAUCUCGAAGACUGCACUAAAGUAUCAAUUAUUCGUCCUGAAGUUUUAGAGAUGUUUAAUCGUAAGAUAGGUGUUUUCGAAAACGGCAAAGAACUUUCUGUGUUAGACGCUGUUUUCAAAAACAUUUUAGACCCUAAAACUGGUAAUUUACUUGACGUUACAACUAAGAAACCUAUACCUUUCAAUAAAGCCGUAGAAAUUAAUAUGAUAACACCGGAAGGUGCCGCUUUGCUAAAUUCGCUCCUAAAUAUUACACUUACUUUGCAAACAGUUACAAAAACUGUCAAACGAUACGUGACGGUAACUAAUACAAACACAUCUCGUAGGUCGGACUCUACUAUCACAUUCGGUGAAGCUAUUCAACGUGGCCUUAUAGACGAAAAUACUCAAACGUUUACAGAUCCUACAACAGGAACUGUUUUUCCUAUACAACAAGCACUCGACGAAGGUUUGUUAGGCGUAGAAAAGAACGAGCCUCGAGUGGCUCGUCUUUCUGAUCGAGUUAGUAAAAAAGAUUUAGUUCCCGGUCAAGUUGUAGAGUUAAAAAUUACAAAGAAAUCAUUUAUAAAAGAUCUUCCUCCAAGUCCGGAAAGCAAAUUGGAAAAUGAUGCCAGGCCAGAAACGAUUAAAAGCCCAGAACAUGUUAGGACAACGUUUCAGCCUCAGCAUGGCAUAACACACGAAAUUAAGACAGUUACAUCUAAAUCUACAUCACUAGAACCUACAGUCACUUCUCUAACUAUCAAAAAGAAUACGAUAGAGUUACCUAAUGGUGGUUGGUCGCUGAAAGAAGCAAUUCAGCAAAACCUUUUUGAUCCUUCGACAGGUAUGUUUGUUAUUCCCGGUACUGACAGAGUCCUAGACUUAGAAGAAGCAUUGAAACUUAAUAUCUUAAAUCCAGAAUCCGCUAAAGUAAUUGACCCUAAAACCAAAAAAGAACUCACUUUGAAUAAAGCACUCACCUUACACAUCCUUGACUCUACAGGUCGUUAUAAAUAUCUAACAGAAAUCAUAACAAUGAAAGAAGCGAUUGAGCGUAAAUUUGUUAUUCUUACACAAAUGGCUCAAUCUACAUCGGUUCAUAAAGUCAUUACAAUAACCUCUAUGGCUGGAAUGCCUGAUAAAAUGGAGAUAUCAGAGCCAGGACAAAAUGUCGAUAUAGAUGAUCAAUCAGCAUUAGAACCAGUACAAGUUAUACCUGGCGUCAUAUUUGAUCCUGCAACUGCUCUUACUAUUUCCACUACGUCGGGAAUAUCAGAAAACAUUCUAGAAGCAGUGGAUCGAGGUUUGGUUCCGACAAAUUCUGUAAAAGUCUUAGAUCCAAAUAGUGGACAAAGGAUUUCUCUAAAACAAGCCUUUACAAAGGGAAUAAUCGACCAACGAACCGGUGAAUAUAAAGAUAUGUCUGGUAAAAAACUUACCUUAGCUGAUGCGACUAAAGUUGGUCUUAUAGCUGUUGUUGGAGCUCCGUUAGUUGCGGCUUCUAAAGUAAUUCAAGUUGUAAAGAACACAAUGGUAAAAGAUCCUCAAACCGGUGAAGAUGUACCUAUGGAAGUGGCGUACGAACGAGGACUUGUUGAUGAUUUGACGUAUAAGAAAUAUGAAGAUUCUCUUAAAGAUAAAUCUGUCUCACCCACUCCAAGAGUUGACACAUCAAGUGAUCGAGAAAUUUACGAAAGAGGUGUAAUUGAUCAAAAUGUACAAGAAAAAACCCAAACAACGUCAAUGACAACAACUACCUCAGUAUCACAAAUAGUGACAACUACCAUACUAGACCCUAAAAGUGGUGAAACUCUGUCUAUACAAGAGGCAUACGAUAGAGGUUUGAUUGACCCUACCACAUACAUGAAAUACAGAGAUUCGUUCAAAGAUGUAUCACCAGAAAAAGCAUUUAUGGAACAAGGGAAAUUAAUGGACUUGAAUAAAACUACAUCAGCAACGCAAAAAUCAAUGUCUGUUGGAGCAGCUGUGUCAGAAGGAUUUAUAACAGUAGAAUCAAUACAAAAUAGUUUGUUAGCGGACACAGUUGCCAAACAGUUCCUACCGGCUAAAAAGGUAAAGCCUUCAGCAGGAGAUGUUAUAGAAAUUGACGAGAACGCUUUAAAUAAAACACCAAAAUAUAAAAUUAAAACAGUGAAAGAAAAUGCUAGUGACACUAUAGAUUCAAAACCAAUUGUAUUAUCUAAACUUAGAAAACGUGUUAUUAGCCCCUCGAAAGCUCUUGAAAAAGGCUUAAUAGACGAGAACACAGCUGAAAUUCUAGAUUCUGUUAAAUUGUAUAAAGAUAAGAAUGGCAUGCCGAUCACUCUGAAAACAGCAAUAGAAACUGGACUUGUCGAUCAAAAUAAAGGAAAAGUUAAAGAUCCCGUUCAUGGGUAUUCCUAUUCCAUUAAGGAAGCUAUUAAGAGAGGCAUAUUAGACGAAGAAUGUCAAGACGAAGUUUUAAUUCCUAUUGCUAAAAGUUUAUCAAUAACCGAGAUAAUGGAACAAGGUUUAUGGGAUGAUACUUCAAAAAAAAUAAUUCAUCCUGAAACAGGCAGUCUUUUGACUAUGAGAGAAGCGAUUAUUUGUGAUAUUAUUGAUCCUCUAUCUGCUGUGCAAGUAGCGCCGGGCAAACUUAUUACUCUUGAAGAAGCAAUUGAAAAGAAUGUGAUUGAUACUGAUAAAAAUAUUGUAAAAACGAAUAGAGGUGUUUUAGAUUUGAUAUCGGCGGUUAACGCUGAUAUCUUCCCGGAUAUUAAGGACAAACCGUUAGAAAACAUACCUUUAGCAGGAAUGACUCUUGCAGUUGCAAUGAAACGCGGAAUAAUCAACCCUGCAAAAGGUGAAAUGAAGCAUCCUCUUACGGGUGAAAUCAUUCCCUUAGAUGAAGCAAUUGAGAAAGAUUUAUUAAUGGGAAUUCCUUACCCACAAACAUCUAAUACAAUACCACUUAAGGAUGCGAUUGCAAAAGGUUACGUUGAUCUGUCUGAUUACACUUUCACCAAUCCAAUCACAAAAGAAGUUAUUACUGUGGACGAAGCAAUGGCACAGGGAUUAUUGGCCAUCAAACUUGAUCCUGAAAUAGUAGACACCACUGGAAUUGUAACCACUAUAACGGAAACGUUUACAUCUCAACAUACCGUUACAACUAAAAUGGUUGAGCUUCUUGCAGACUAUGUAUUGUUAAGCGCUAAUGAAGUACAGAAUAUCAAGACUGGGGAAGUAAUUUCCAUAGACGAAGCGCGAAAGAAAGGUAUAGUUAGAGAUGAACAGACAAAUAAAGAACAGUUUAUUACUAGCGACACCAAUAUAAGCUUCAAUGAUGCCAUUAUGCUUGGAUACAUUAAUUUAGAAAAAGGUACUUUUACUGAUCCCAAAACAGGAGAAACCAUUACCGUUACUGAAGCGGUUAACAGUGGUUUGUUAAAUACUGAAAUUCAAUCGUUGACUAAACCAGAGACAAAAACUAAAGAAUUAGAAAUGCUCGAUCUCAACGAGGCGUUUGAACUUUUAUUCGAUGAAAAAACCCAAAAAUUCAGGGACCCGAAGUCUCCGAAUAAAGUGAUUACAUUCAAAGAAGCUCUUGAACAGAAAGUAAUAAAUCCCGAUUCUGUGAUAUAUAAAAUGGGUUCAGACAAAUCUAUUACUCUGCAAGAAGCUCUACGUACGGGUGUUUUAGACAGCAAGAGUGGAAAGGUUAAAGAACCUAGUUCUGGUAGAUCGCUAGAUGUUAAAAAAGCAGCUAAGAUGGGAUUACUUGCUGUCGUCGCAGCACCAGUGCUAGCUGGAAUGGCAGUUGUACAAGGAGCGAAAGCAGUCACAAGUAAAGUGAUAUCACCUAAACAGAAAAUAGAAGAAAAAGAUAAUGUUCCAACAAUGGUCCCUAAAUCUACAUUUGGAAAAGAUAAAAAAGACAACGAUUUGGUCACACCUAAAGAACCCGUGGACGACAAAGAUAAUUUUAAAAAUAAGUCUAAGACUAAAAUUGCCGUGGAAGUAGCGCAAGGCGACACUAUCGCAAAUAAAGAAGAUCAAAUUAUAAGUCAAUUAAAAGACGUAAAACCAAAUAAACCCCUUUCGAAACAAAUUGAAGAUCAAUCAAAAUCAAAUGAAACCUCGUAUAAAGGAAAGUUGAGCCCUUUGACUUCUUCACAGAAUUUCUUAGAACAAGAGGUAGCGAAGUUAAAUGAAGAAAAAAUUAAAGAUAAUCAUAAAAUAACGUCUUUGAACGAAGAAAAAGAAGACGAAUCAAAUAAACCUGGUUUGAAUUUAGAUGAACCAAUACAACAAGCGAUUAAGGCGCCAAUGAAACAAAAAUAUGAUAAAACUCUUCAAAGUGAAGUAAACAAGGUUACUCAAGAUGAGUUGCGUGGUACAGAUGAUACAAAAGAAGAAAUUUCAAACCAAAAUAUCGCUGUAAUAUCAGAAGAAAGAAAGAAGUCUAUAGGUGAUAGAACUUCUGUUACUUUCGAUAUUCAUGAAAAAGUUAUUAAGGGCCAACCAACUACUAUCAAGGAAUUGCCAACCACCGCAGAUAUUACCGUAAUUACUAAGACUGUUUCCACUAGCAAACCGACUGAGCACAUUAGUGAACACAGCAGCACCGAUGUAACAACAAUUACUAAAGUCACAACAAUUGAAACAAGCCGAAAACAAUCUUCUACCUCAACGGUUAGUAACAUAGUGAGCGUUUCUUCUAAAGUCCAUAAAGAUUCUUUAGAAGAUAGUAACCAUGAUCAAGUCGAUAAGGUAAUAAUACAGGAAAUAACUGAAGAUGAGGACAUAAAACAAUUACAAGUUGAUGCUAAACCUCACACCGCCAAACAAGAUGAUGAAAACAAAGAAAGUAGCGAAAGUGUCAAAAUAACUGAUUUGGUGGAAUUGAACAAAUGUGAGCAACCUCUUGAAGUAGCGACAGGAUUAAUAUAUGACCCCAAAACAAAGACCGUCAUUUCGCUCUCUUCCGGCUUGGCGGAAGACAUUGCAACCGCAGUUGAUAGAGGCACUAUUUCUAAGGAAUCUAUUAAAUUAUUAGAACCAACGACGGGUAAAGAAAUGACUUUACAAGAAGCCAUUGACAAAGGUAUUGUGGAUCAGAAAACAGGUCAACUGAAAGACAAAAGUGGAAAAUCGAUAAAUAUCAGCCAGGCAGCUCAAAUCGGUUUACUAGCUGUUGUUGGAGCGCCUGUUCUAGCUGCAGCUAAAUUGAUUGAUGUUGUUAAAAAUGCUGUUAUAUCUGACGAUAAAGAAGACCCCAAUAAAAUAGGUCCUAAAUCUAGUUUAUCUUUGACGAGUCCAUCUCAAAAACCAGAAAGUUACGACAGUGAUCAAAAAACCAAGCAUCAAGGAGACAAAAAUAAAGUCGUCGGUCAACAAGAGUCUUUGGGAAUUGUUCCACAGUUAACUGAAACUGUAGAAAAGAAAUUAUUAGGCGCGGAAAUACUACACGACACACCACAAGACACAAAAUCGAUCUCUGCUACGUUUAUCGACGCUGAAAAACAGCCGCUUAGAGACCUAGAUGAAAUUACAGAACAAAAUGUUACAAAGGCUAAACCCGAACACUUAAAAGUACUAUACGAAAAUAUUCCUUUAAUAGAUGCUAUUAUGGAAGGUAAAAUAGAGCCUAAAGUAUGUAGAAUUAUAAUAAAUGGUGUGGAGUCACCACUUACCGUACAAGAUUCAUUAGAACAGGAACAAAUUAGCAGGUUCACUCCGGUAGAUGUAAUUUCCAAGAAUUGUGUUAUCGUAAAAGAAUCUAAACCGAAAUAUAGUAUUGCAAUUUCUCAAAAGUUAACUCCUGAGGAACUUUCCGAAAUGGGAGUUUAUGAUAUAGAAAAACAAAUAUUUUUAAAUCCUGAAACUGGAAGUAAACUUAGUUUCGAAGAACUUGUUUACGGCUUUCAUAUUUUCGAUCCGGCGACCAUUUUAGUUAAAGAUUUAGGUUCUAAGUCUGAUAGUUACGUGCCUUUUGAUGAAGCUAUUUCUAGACAUAUUAUUGAUAAGACAACAGGCCACAUGGUAAAUCCCAAAACAGGCAAGCGCGUGUCGUUUUGGGAGUGUGUUCAAAUAGGUUGGAUAGUUGAACAGCCUGAAGACGUUUCGGUCACAGAACAAACAACAAUUGUAACUGCAUUUGAGAAAGGUUUAUAUAACCCUAAAACAGGUGAGAUCAAAGAUGUUAAUACAGGUAAGCUAGUUCCGAUUGGCGAAGCAGUCGAAAAGUGCUUAAUUGAUCAUGAAUCUUUGUUAAUAAAAUUACCUCGUUCAAACGAAAGUAUAACAUUGUCGGACGCAAUUGAUCGCGGAAUCGUUGAGAUUCAUGAAGGUAUUAUAACUAUCAUAGAAACUCGAGAAACUAUUGAAGUGUCCAUUGCUAUACAACGCGGAAUUAUAACUAUUACUCGACGACCUAUAUCUAUAGAAGCUGCUAUCGUUAACGAUAUGUACGAACCAAUAUCUGGUAAAAUAAAAGAUGCAGUAACUGAACAGUUGGUUUCUGUCGAAGAUGCUGUUGAUAGAAACAUUGUUCAUCCAACAAUAUCCGAAAUUAAGGACACAGCGUCAGAAAAAUUCAUUCCUCUUUCUGAAGCUCUUGAUAGUAAACUAGUUGAUCCCGAGACUGGAAAAUAUAAAGAUAAAAAGACUGGUAAAGACAUUCCAUUAGACGAUGCAUUGAGAAAAGGGCUUAUCUCGACUAAAGAUGUUACGUUUUCAUUAUUUGAUGUAAUUGAAUUAGGUUAUUAUUCUCCAGAUACUGGCAAAAUAUUAAAUCCGAAGUCAGGUCAAAUAGUUACGGUAAAAGAAGCUAUAGAAACGAAUCUAGUUGAUCCAUCCGACGUAAAAAUUAAGGAUGACAAGUCUGAAGCGGUUAUUCCAUUUAAACAAGCGGUAACAUCUGGUCUACUAGAUUUGAAAGAAGGUAUAAUGACCAGCCCUAUUUCCAAUCUUAAAGACGCAUGUGAAAAAGGUUAUCUAUUAAGCGAUAAAAAGCCAAUGACAUUACAAGAAGGGUUAGUUCAAGGUUAUUAUGAUCCAGAUACAGGUCUUUUGACUAUUAAUAACGUAACAAUGACACUAGAAGACGCUAUAAAGAUAGGUAACAUCAACCCCGAAGCGUUGACGGUUAGGGACUCCGGAUCCGGAGAAAUUAUUACAUUAUCUGACGCUAUUAAAGUAGGUAUUAUUGAUUCAAAGGAAGGUAAAGUUAGGGAUCCUAUACAAGGCGAUAAAAUUUCACUUACCGAUGCUUCAGAACGUGGUUUAAUUGUUCCUGCGAAACGCAAACUUAGUUUGCCAGAAGCAGUUUUCAAAGGUUUCUAUGAUGCUAAGACAGGUAAAUUUUUACAUCCCCAAUUGAAAGACAAGAUACCAACGGAUAGGGCGAUUAAAAAGCGUAUGUUAGACCCUCAAUCAACACUAGUACACAUCGGUGGCAAAGUCAUACCAUUUGAAUUCGCUGUUGAUAAAGGUAUCGUGGACGGCAGAACCGGUAGUAUCAUGUUAGGCGAUGAAAGAAUAGAUUUCCGAGAAGCUUUCGAAAGAGGCAUUUUAGUUGAAGUGCGAAAGCCAUUGUCUUUAAUCGAAGCGCUUGAAAAAGGUGUGUAUAAUGAGAUUACCGGACUAUUUAUGGACCCACAAAGCGGUAAAAAGUAUACUUUAGCUGAAGCUAUUAAAAUGAAUCUUAUCGAUCCUCAUUCAGUUCACAUACAGGACAACAGGUUAGGUAAAUGGGAUAAGAUCACAUUAACUGAAUCUAUGGAAAGUGGAGUAAUUGACAAUAAAACGGGCAAGAUAAGAAAUAUCAAUAAUGAAAACGAGGAAAUAAGUUUACGUAAAGCUUUCGAAAUAGGUCUUCUAGUUGAUAGCAAGGCUCCAAUCAGUCUACAAAGAGCAUUACAUCAGGGCUUGUAUGAUGAUAGUACUGGUAAAUUCAUCGAUCCAGCAACAAGUCGCAAAAUCACUUUACACGAGGCAAUAAGACGAUCUGUUAUAAGUUCGAAAUAUCUUUGUUACUUCGAUAAGAAAUCUGAAAAACCUUUAACGUUAGCGGAUUGUUGUCGUAGUGAAAUCGUUGAUAGGAGAAGUGGUAAAUUCAUUGAACCAGGUUCUGACGUUCAAAUACCUUUAUCUGAGGCUAUGAGUUUAGGUCUUAUCGUGGACAUUGAAAGUGCAGGAUUUAGCUUAUAUGAAACAUUAGCCAUGAAUAUGUACAACAUAACAGAAUUAGUCUUUGUACACCCAGUUACAGACAGAAAAAUCACACUUAAAACGGCGAUUGCCGAAGAACUUGUCAAUCCAGAAAUGUCUCUCGUUAAAAAUAUUCCUUCUAGUAAAUACAUUAAAUUAACUGAAGCUAUUCAAACAGGUAUCAUUGAUGACAAUAACAGUGUUUAUAUUUUGCCAAACGGAAACCAAAUUAAUCUACUGGACGCUAAACAUCGCGGACUUAUUGUGAAUUCAAAGAAACAUCUAAGUCUUGAGGAAAUAAUUAAAAACGGCUUAUUUAGAGCAGACAAUGGUAAAAUCGUCGACCCUAGCACAAACGAGUUUAUCGAUAUUAACAAAGCUAUUGAAAUUAAUCUUAUAAAUCCGGAAUUGACGAUUGUGAAAGAUAGUUUCACAAACAAAUUUAAACCACUGCUUGCUGCGAUACAACACGGUGACGUUGAUGUUACUAAAGGUAGAGUUCUAGAUACUAAAGCGAAGAAAACGUAUAGCUUAGAUAUUGCUUUUGAUAAAGGUCUCCUCGUAACUGUGACCCAACCUUUAACCUCACAAACUAUUACCAGACGUUACGUGACUGAUUCUUCGGCCUUGAAUGAACCGGUACUCAGAGAGUUCACCUUAGAUGAAGCAAUUAAAUAUGAAUUCAUCGAUCCCAAAACAGCAUUAAUAAAAGAUCCUCAUAAAAACAAAUACAUUCCAUUACAAUUAGGUAUUAGUGAGGGUAUUAUUGAUACAAAUCUUAAAGGCUCCUUUGACACGCAAACUGGCAGGUCACGUACCUUAUGUUUUGCUUUCGAAAACGGUUUAAUAGUUUACGUUAGGGAACCUCUUACGUUUGAGCAAGCGUUAGAAAACGGCCAUCUAAAUCUGACUACCGCUCGAUUUACUGAUCCACAUUCCAAAGAAGUUUUAACUGUAAAGGACGCAGCCACUUUAGGUUACAUCGAUUCAGACACUGCGCUGAUUAAGGAUAAUCUCAAAAAGAGACUGGUAAAAUUACCAGAAGCUUUCCGUAAAGGCCUCAUGGAUGCCGAAAAGGGUAACAUCUUGGAUACGGAAACGUCUAAACUUAACACUUUGUCUGCGGCAAUCGAAAGUGGCCUGCUUAUGACACCCAAAAAGAGUUUUACUUUGAUUGAAACUUUAAAUUUCGGUAUCUACAAUCCAACAACUGGCGCCUUAAACGAUCCAUUCAUAACUACUAGUGUAAUAGAUAGAAAGAGACUUACAUUAGGCGAAGCGAUCCAACAAGGUAUUGUUGAUCCAUCUAGCACCGUCGUUAAAGAACCGGACACUGGAAAGAUUUGGCCAUUAACUCAAGCAAUCGAACAACAAUUAAUCAAUCCAGUCGAAGGCAGACUAAUAACAGAUCCACAGAAAGGGACAAGUAUCGAUUUAGUCAAAGCACUAAAGAAGGGUCUGUUACUGCCAGCAGAAACCAGGCAAGCGGUGGAGGAGAAGUACAGGCUAUGUGAUGAUACAUUGUCCAAGUUACUGGAAUGGAUCGCGAUAGUCGAGGAGAGGUUGGCUAACCAAGAGCCAGUUAAAGAAAACAUGGAUGAACUACGCAACCAAAUUAAUGUAUUGAAGCUGAUUAAGGACGAUUUGGAAAGUCAUCAGCGCCAGGUCUCAGCUUGUGCGGAUCAGGCUAAACAGCUUCUUGUAUCCGGAGGUGACGUGUUGGCACCACACGAGGUGGCAGCCCUUGAACGAGGAGUGCGUCAGCUUAAGCAGAGAUUCGAUAGAUGCACCGAGAGAUGUGAUAAGAUGCUGAGAAGACUCGCUGCCGCUAGAGAUGAGCUUGGAAAAUUCACGAAUGAAUUGAACACCUUCGAGUCUUGGAUGGACGGUGCGUACCGCAGCUUAGAGGACAAGGAAGCUGCUCUCUCCAACCUGGACAACCUGCCCGCGCACAGCGAGGAGGUGCGCGAGUUCGUAUCUGACGUGAUCGCGCACCAAGCGGAUAUCAGGUUCAUCACCAUGGCCGCGCAGAAGUUCAUUGAUGAGAGCAAGGAAUUCGUGAGUAUAGUGAACGAGCAGCGAGCAUCCUUAGAGUCUCGCUCGGCGCCACUCUCAGCUCGCGGGGAUCAAGUGCGCGACGCGGCAGGGUCCGCACGGCGCAGACACGGCGACUUGGCUGCGCGUGCGCAACGCCUGCUAGACAGACUGCGCAGUGCACAUGCAGCGUUGCAGCGACAUCGCGCAGCACUGCAACGUGCGCAACAAUGGCUGCAAGAUCUGGAGCCGCAGGUGCGCAGUGCGCUGGAGGAGGGUGUGGGCGGAGAGCCGCGCGCUGUGGAGGCGCAGCUGCAGCGGGUCAAGGCAUUGCACAACGAGAUACUCUCACAGGGACGCCUGGUUGAUAACGCCAAAGAGACGUGUGAACAGCUAUUGAACAGUCUGGAAGGCAACAUAACACCAUCCGAGGCUCGUCAAUUGGAGUCUCCAGUACAUCAACUGGUGUCCCGCGUGGCUGAGCUGGGGGCGGCGGUGGCCGAGCGCUGCGCCGACCUGGAGGCCGCGCUGCUGCACUGCCAGGGUCUGCAGGACGCAGCUGAGGCGCAGGCCAACUGGCUCGCACAGGCCGAGAACGCUUUCAAGAAUCAACAGAAGCCUGCAUCAUUGAUACGUGAGCGGCUCGACGAGCAAGUUCGUGAACAACGGCUGGCGCACGGCGAGGCGGAGGCGAGACGCGCCACGCUCGCCAAGUUGCUGGCCGGCGCGCGGGAUGCAGCACGAGCGCCAUCUAACGCCAGGAUCGCUAAGAAACUCGAACAAAGGGCUGAAGAUAUUUAUUCUAGAUACGAGAAGUUGGUAGAAAGAUCUAGCAAACGCGGUCAGUUCCUAGAAGAAGUUAGCUCAGAGUUAGCACGCUUCAUGCAGCAAGCAGCCAAGCUGGAGGCUGCGCACUCUCAGCUGCUGGAGAUGGGAGACACGCGACUGCACGAACUGUGCGCAGCUAGGGACAAGCAAAUGCCACUGUUGGAAGAAUGUCUCCGCAAUGGAAAACAACUUCUAGCAAAGAAAGAUGUCACCGACACACAUGUUGUACGUGACAGGAUUAAGGCUCUGGAGAACCAAUGGCGUGACUUCAACACCAAUUUGGAAGAAAAACAGAAAUUGUCGAAGCAAAAAGCUGAUCAUCUCAACCAAUAUGAGAGUUUGAGGAUACAGGUGGUGGAAUGGCUCCAUACAAUGGAGGAGAGAGUGUCUCGCCUGCAGCCGGUUGCCGUAGACCUGGACAUCGUGAAGGUCCAGCACGAGGAGUUACGACCAUUGACCAAAGAGUACAGAGACUUCUCUACCAAUAUUGACAAAGUGAAUGAAGCCGGUUCGUUAUAUGAGAACCUGACACGUGGCGAGCGCGCAGACAGUCCGCACAGACGACGUCAGAUAUACAGCCCUACUAAACGACAAACACCUACUCGUUCUCUGGACGCGCGGUCGCCAUCUCCCAGCAAAGGGCACAUGGUCAGCCCGGGCUCGCAUUCCGCCUCAAGUGGCUUCUCAAGUAGACGCUCAAGUCAAGAUGGAUUCCAUCUAGAAGAACUUUCUCCAGUACAACAGCAGCUGUCAGAUAUCAACAACCGCUACGGCCUGCUCGGCAGCAAGCUGUCAGACCGUCAAGCUGAAAUAGACUCUAUCAGAGAUGAAAUAAGGAAGCAUUUAGAUAACUUCCGCACUCUUAAUAACUUCCUUGAUAAGGUGCAAAGACAACUGCCAAAAGAGUCUGUCCCUAAUACAAAAGAUGAAGCUGACAAAACAAUUAAACAGACGAGAGCGGUGUUGGAGGAGAUGUAUGAGAAACAGAGUCUUCUAGACUCUACUAAGUCACAGAUUCAUGAACUACUGAAGCGCAAGCAGAGCGCGCAGGGCGCUGACAGACUGCACGAUGAGCUGCAGGACCUCACCUCACGCUGGAAGUCUUUGCACGAUGCCUUCAAAGACAAGAUCCGUCUAAUGGAGGAGAUGAAAGACUUCCACGACACAUACAACAAUCUGUCUCAAUGGCUGAGCGCUAAGGAUCGCAUGAUGGCUGCUCUGGGACCCAUCUCCUCAGACUCCAGGAUGGUCCAGACUCAAGUGCAACAGGUGCAAGUCCUUCGCGAAGAGUUCCGUGGCCAGCAGCCCCAGUUGUCCCAUUUGGAGCAAGUGGGUGCUGCUGUACUGGACCGGCUAGAACCGGACUCUACAGAUGCCAGCAAACUGCGCCAGAAGGUGCAUGAGUUGCAGGACAAGUGGAACCGUCUGUUGGACCAAUUGGAGCAGCGUGCAGCAAGUCUGGGUGCUGCGGCGGACACUUGCCGUGAGCUGGAUGCAGGACUGGCGAGGCUGAGGGAUGCUCUCAGCGCCAUCUCAGAUCGCCUGGACGCAGUGCCACCACAUCCCGCUGAUGACAGGCUCAGGAGCAUCGAGAACUUGGAGCGUCAGCUGGAAGGCCAGCGCCCCCUGCUGGCAGACCUGGAGGCGGCGGGCGAAGCGCUGGGCGCAGUGCUGGGCGAGCCGGCCGCGAGACAGGACGUCGCUCACAAGCUGGCUGGCGCAGCUAGACAGUACGAGGCACUCCAGCGCAGACUGGACAUGGCUAAAGCUGAAGCUGAAGCAGCAUUGAAAGAGGGUCGGAACUUAGAAGAGAGCGUAUCUCGUACGCUGGGCUGGCUACAGACUGAGCUCGGUGCGUUACCGGGGCGACUACGCGUAUCCGCCGCGAGACCAACGCUGCAGCAACAACUUGACAAACACGAACCGCUCUACAGGCAACUCAACCAACGAGAGCAUGAGAUCAUAAUGCUCCUAGAUAAAGGUCGUGAAAUGGAGAAGAAACCUUCACACCAAGGUCUGCGCAAAGACCUGGACCGUAUCCAGACACAGUGGGAUAAACUCAAGCGGGAGACUGUUGACAGAUACACAAGAUUACAGACCGCUAUGGAGCACUGUCGUAAAUACAGCAAAGCUCAGGAAUCCUUCCUACCGUGGUUGUCGGAUACUGAGGAGCGCCUCCUCAAGCUACCCCCCACCACCUUCACCAAGAAGGAGGUGGAGAAGCAGCUGCGAGAGCUGCAGCAGAUCAGAAACGAUAUUUGGAAGAGAUCUGGAGAGUUCGAGAACAACAAGACGUUGGGGGAGACGUUCAUCUCUGCUUGUGAUGUAGACCAGGAGGUUGUCAGGAACCAGAUCGACAGCAUGAAGGAGAGAUGGGACAGAAUUAACAACGAAGUACUCCAGCAUGUAGAAUUCCUGGAGUCAACCUUGCGCAAGUUGGGCGAGUUCCUGGAGCGUGUUCGUGGUGUGGAGGCACCUCUGCAGCGCUGCGAGGAACGUCUGGAGGCAGCCAGCUCUGCGCCGCCGCAUGCAGCACACGAUGCAGUCGCCAGGGUUGCAGACCAGCUGCACGCGCUCAGAGCACCGCUACAGAGCGUGCACAGUGCAGCAGAUGACAUAAUAUCGCUAGCACUGGAGUGCGCAGGUCCAGAAGUAGCAGAACGCGCGCGACCAGUGCUGGAAGAAACUGCGCGUGCGCUGUCCGAACGCCUGCAACAGCUGGAGGCGCGAGCUGAUGAGGCGCGCGACCAGCUGGCCGGCGCUACUGCUGCACUCGCACACUUCCAGGACAAAGUGAAAGGUGUAUCCCACGACCUAUCAGACCUGGAGAAAGAAUUGGACAGUAUGAAGGCACCUGGACGUGACGUGAAGACGGUCAGGCAACAGCUGGAGGACCUGGGCCGUUUCUACAAGCGGCUGGAGAACGCUGAUGACCUGAUAGCUGAUGCUGAACGAGCCGCUGAGGGGCUGGUGGACAGCGGACACUCUGUCGAUGUUACUAAGACCAGGGACCAGGUGGAAGGACUCCGCAAACAGUUGGGCAAGUUAGAUGAGCGUGCUCGCAGCAAGGAGCAGGACCUGGAUGACACACUAUCCAAGCUGGAGGCAUUCUACAAGGCAUACGAUGCUGUCAUGGAAGACGUCCAAGAGGCGACGGAACAAGUGCGAAGCUUAAAGCCGGUAUCCUCAGAAGUGGAGCAGAUCAGAUCCCAGCAGAAAGACUUCGCUGACCUGAAGACCAAGACCCUGGAGCCAUUGGGUCAGAAUGUGGCGCACUGCAACAAGAUCGGCCAGGGCCUGGUGCGCUCCGCCAACCAGGGCGUCUCCACUCAGACCCUGGAGAAAGACCUCGAGAAGAUGAAUGAUAGAUGGAAUGCGCUGAAGGAAAAGAUGAACGAACGUGAGCGUCGUUUAGACGUAGGUCUGCUGCAAUCAGGGAAGUUCGCUGAAGCUCUGGCUGGACUGGAGAAAUGGCUGAGCGAUACUGAGGACAUGGUUCACAAUCAGAAGCCACCUUCUGCUGAUUACAAGGUGGUGAAGGCGCAGCUGCAGGAACAGAAGUUCUUAAAGAAGAUGCUGAUGGACCGUCAGAACUCGAUGUCAUCUCUAUUCGCGAUGGGUAACGAGGUGGCUGCGGGCUGCGAGCCUGCUGAAAGGAAAGCAGUGGAAAAGCAGCUUAAAGCACUCAUGCAGCGCUUCGACGCCCUCACUGACGGUGCACAGCAGAGGAUGCUGGAUCUGGAGCAGGCUAUGAAGGUCGCGAAACUGUUCCAAGAACAACUACAGCCGCUGCUGGAAUGGCUGAGCAGUGCAGAGCGACAGGUCAAAGCCCUCGAGCUGGUGCCCACAGAUGAAGAGAAGAUACAGCAGAAGAUAAGAGAACAUAAGAUCCUCCACGAUGAUAUACUAUCAAAGCAGCCAGCGUUCAAAGAGCUGACGGAAACUGCGUCUACCCUCAUGGGGCUGGUCGGAGAUGAUGAGGCUACGGCUCUGGCCGACAGACUGCAAGCCGCUGCUGAUAGAUAUCAAGCACUAGUAGAGCACAGCCUGAACAUAGGCGAGCUGCUGGACAACUCGCGCAAGGGUCUGCGGCACCUGGUGCUCACCUACCAGGACCUGUCCGCCUGGAUGGACGGCAUGGAGCAGUACCUCGCAAAGAGGAAGAUCCUUCCCGUGCACAUGGAGAAACUGCUCCGGCAGAUGGAUGACUUGGCUGAGAAAACCGAGGAGAUAGCAUCAAAACAAGAAGCAGUAGACAGCACAGUGGAAUCAGGGUUAGAACUAAUGAAGCACAUAUCCGGAGACGAGGCACUCCAGCUGAAGGAGAAGCUGGACGCGCUGCAGAGGCGGUACAUCGAGCUGAGUGCACGCGGCGCUGAUCUGCUGCGACAUGCCUCCGACACCCUGCCCCUCGUGCAGCAGUUCACCAACAGUCAUGCCAAGUUAACAGAAUGGAUGGCCGGAGCAGAAACCUGCCUACAAUCUGUGGAGCCACUUGAAGAGGACAUUCUCCGAUUGGAAGCAGAAAUCCAAGAGUUUAGGCCAGUGCUCGAAAACAUCAACCUCGUUGGGCCACAACUCUGUCAGAUAUCUCCGGGUGAAGGUGCAACACACAUUGAAGGCAUUGUAACUCGCGACAACAGACGUUUUGACUCCAUCGCCGAGCAAGUACAGAGGAAGGCGGAGAGAGUGCUGCUCAGCAAGAAGCGUUCACUGGAAGUAGUAGGUGACAUAGAAGAGCUGAUAGAGUGGCUGCGAGGUGCUGAUGCUAGUUUGAGGUCGUGUGCGCCCCCCGCCGCCACUGCCAACGCGUUGCGCGCUCAGCUGCAGGCACAGCGCCCCCUCGCGGAGGAGGUGUCCGCACAGAGGGUACGGGCUAAAGACCUGCUCGCACAGGCCAAGAAGGUGCUGCGCGAGUGUCAGUCAAGUGAAGAAGCUGGUGUGAUCAGAGACCGCAGCGAGGAGUUACGUGAGAUGAUGGAGGAGGUGGGCCGGCUGAGUGCCGCCCGCAUCGCUGCCCUAGAGCAGGCAUUGCCACUUGCUGAACACUUCGCUGACACACACCACGGAUUAUCAUCAUGGUUAGACGAAAUGGAGGACCAGAUCCAGAUGUUGGCCAUGCCGGCACUACGCCCCGAGCAGAUUGUUCAACAGCAAGAUAAAAAUGAGAUGCUGCAACAAUCUAUAUCGGGGCACAAGCCGCUGGUAGACAAGCUGGUGAAGACUGGUGAGGCGUUGUCGCGGCUAUGCGGCGAGGAGGACGCGGCUAAGCUGCAGGACAUUGUGGAGGCUGACUGUGAGCGGUACAACGCACUGCGAGCUGAACUGCGCCAGAGACAGCAGGAGUUGGAACAGGCAUUACAAGAAUCUUCUCAGUUCUCUGAUAAGCUGGAAGGUAUGCUGCGCGCCCUGGCUGGAACUGCGGACCAGCUGCACCACGCGGAGCCUGUCUCUGCCCACCCACCUAAGAUACAGGAUCAAAUCGAGGAGAACAACGCCCUCUCUGAAGACCUGGAGAAGCGUCAGGAGGCUUACAACGCGGUGCAGCGCGCCGCCUCUGACGUCAUCAGCAAGGCCAACAAGAGCGACCCCGCAGUGCGAGAUAUACGCAACAAACUCGACAAACUUAACAAAUUAUGGGACGAAGUACAAAAGGCGAGGAACGUUCGCGGCGAAUCUCUGGAGUCAGCUCUGGACACAGCUCGCAGGUUCUGGCAGCAGCUGCGCGCGGUGAUGCGCACUCUGGGGGAGCUGGAGGACGCGCUGGGGGCGCAGCCUCCGCCUGCAGCUGAGCCCCGCGCCAUACAGCUGCAGCAGGUGGCGCUGCAGGAGAUACGACACGAGAUCGACCACACCAAGCCUGAGGUUGAGAAAGUCCGUAAGACUGGUUCCACUCUGAUGUCUAUCUGCGGUGAGCCAGAUAAACCCGAGGUGAAGAAGCACAUGGAAGAUCUGGACAGCGCAUGGGACAAUAUCACAGCACUCUAUGCUAGAAGAGAAGAGAACCUCAUCGAUGCCAUGGAAAAGGCCAUGGAGUUCCAUGACACCUUACAGAACCUUCUCGAGUUCCUCGAUACAGCAGAGGAAAAGUUCUCAAAUAUGGGCGCUCUGGGGUCAGAUAUUGAUGCGGUCAAGCGACAGAUCGCUCAAUUGGCGACCUUCAAGCAGGAGGUCGACCCUCACAUGGUCAAAGUCGAAGCACUCAACAGGAGUUUAAUGAGACAAGCGCAAGAGCUAACUGAGCGUACGUCAUCGGAGCAAGCGGCGGCGAUAAAGCAGCCUCUGACGGAGGUGAAUGCGCGCUGGUCCACAUUGCUGCGCGGCAUGGUGGACCGCCAGCAGCAGCUGGAGCGAGCGUUACUGCGCCUGGGACAGCUGCAGCAUGCGCUGCAGGAACUGCUCGCCUGGAUAGAGCACACCAGCGCCACCCUAGACACCCUGCAGCCGGUCGCCGGUGAACCGCAGAUCUUAGAAGUGGAACUAGCCAAGUUGAAGGUGCUGGUGAACGACAUCGCCGCUCACCAGGCCAGCAUCGACACCCUCAACGACGCCGGCGCACAUAUUGUACAACAUGGAAGCGAGGAAGCCGGUGAAACAGCAGAGAAGCUGUCGACCCUGAACAGGAAGUGGCGUGCGUUGCAGCAGAAGGCCAGGGACAGACAAUCCGAACUGGAAGAUGCACUCAGAGAGGCACAGAGCUUCAACGCGGAGAUCGGAGACUUGCUGUCGUGGCUGUCGGAAGUGGACGCGGUAAUUGCUGCUUCUAAACCAGUGGGAGGACUUCCUGAGACCGCAACCGAACAACUAGAGAGGUUUAUGGAGGUAUACAACGAGAUCGAGGCCAACCGUCCUAAGAUGGAGGCGGUGCUGCAGCAGGGUCAGGAGUACCUGAAGCGGCAGCAAAAGCCCAGCCCCACUUCGCAGCUACAUCACAACCUUAAGAACUUGAAGUCCAGAUGGGACAAUGUCACCUCCAGGGCAUCUGACAAGAAGAUCAAGUUAGAGAUAGCUCUGAAGGAAGCGACGGAGUUCCACGACGCGCUGCAGUCUUUCGUGGACUGGCUGACCAGCGCCGAGAAGACCCUCACCUCCGCUAAACCUGUCUCCAGGGUCAUGGAAUCACUACUCACACAAAUCGAAGAACACAAAGCAUUCCAAAAGGAAGUCGCAACGCACCGCGAGACCAUGCUCCAGCUGGACAAGAAGGGAACUCACCUGAAGUACUUCAGCCAGAAGCAGGACGUCAUCCUCAUCAAGAACCUGCUGGUGUCUGUGCAGCAUCGCUGGGAGCGUGUCGUGGCCAAAGCUGCGGAGAGAACACGAGCACUCGACCACGGCUUCAAAGAGGCUAAGGAAUUCAGCGAUAUGUGGAACAACCUGAUGUCUUGGCUGUCGGAGACGGAACAACAACUGGACCAGCUCAACUCUGAAGCAAAUGUCAACGAUCCUGAUAAAAUUAAACAGAGGUUGAACAAACAUCGUGAGUUCCAAAAGGCGUUAGCUGCUAAACAGCCGGCGUACGAUCUGACCACGAAGACCGGCAAGACUCUUAAGGACAAAGCGCCCAAGACCGACGAGACCACACUAAAGACCAUGCUCGCUGACCUCAAGACCAAGUGGACCACUGUCUGUUCAAAGGCCGUUGAAAGACAACGUCGUUUGGAAGAGGCGCUGCUGUACUCGGGUCAGUUCAAGGACGCGAUGUCAGCGCUGCUGGAAUGGCUCAAGAAGAGGGAGAAGCAGCUGGCAGGAGACGCGCCAGUACACGGAGACCUGGACACUGUCAUGGCGCUCAUUGAACAGCACAAGCAAUUCGAAGAAGAUUUGCAUUCACGAGAGCAACAAAUGCAAUCUGUCAUGAAGACUGGCAAAGAUUUAGAAGCUACGGUGCCAGCGGAAGAUGCCGCGAAUAUAAAACAACAAUGCAGUGAAUUGAAACAAGCUUGGGAUACAGUGCAGAGUCUUAGUGAAAAGAAAUCCCAGAAAUUGGAAAUUGCACUUAAAGAGGCGGAACGUCUCCAUAAAUCAGUAAAUAUGCUACUGGAAUGGCUGUCGGACGCCGAGACCAAACUGCGGUUCUCCGGACAACUUCCAGAAGGAGACCACGAGACCGCGGUCCAGAUACAAGACCACGAACGCUUCGUGCGAGAACUUGGCGAGAAGCAGCGAGAUAAGGAGGAUACUAUCGCUCUCGCUCAGUCUAUUCUCGCUAAAGCUCAUCCUGAUGCAGUCACAGUUAUCAAACACUGGAUUACUAUCAUCCAGAGCAGAUGGGAUGAGGUAUGGCAAUGGGCGAUGCAACGCGGCACCAAGUUGGAGGCACACAUGAAGAGCCUCAAAGACCUGGACCUCGUGCUGGAAGAACUGCUGCAAUGGCUCACAGGACUCGAGAACACAUUGAUAUCUAUGGAAUCUGAACCGCUUCCGGAGUCUAUCGAACUUCUAGAAGGACUCAUAGAAGACCACAAGGAACUGAUGGAACACACGCAGAAGAGACAGAACGAAGUGGACAGAGUCUGCAAAGCUUACCAGGUGAAGAGUCAAAGUCAAGGUCGUGACGUCACACCACGCAAGGUGUCAGCCAAGAGCGCUACAAAAGGAACACCUGGGCGCGGCUCGCAGCACGACCUGCAUAGAGACAGAUCUGUGUCGCCAGAUUAUUACGGCAAUAGACGAUUCAGGCUCAGGACACACAGUGGAAGUAGGAGAGGAAGUCGCGUGAGUCCCGGCCGAGAGACCCCUGAUCGCAACCUGCCGCACUACGGCCCCAGAUUCCCGCCUAGGGGCAGCAAGGGCCUAGAACCGGAAUUCCGGUCACCGCGUGUAAAGUUGCUUUGGGACAAAUGGCGUACAGUGUGGCUACUGGCCUGGGAGAGACAACGGCGGCUGCAUGAACGUCUCGCACAUCUGCACGAACUUCAGCGCGUAUCUAACUUCAGCUGGGACGACUGGAGGAAGCGGUUCCUCAAGUUCAUGAACCACAAGAAGUCCCGACUGACGGACCUGUUCCGUAAGAUGGACAAGGACAAUAACGGCCUUAUCCCACGCAACGAGUUCAUUGAUGGCAUUAUAAACACGAAAUUCGACACAUCCCGUCUUGAGAUGGGCGCGGUGGCUGACCUGUUUGACAGGAAUGGCGGCGGUCUCAUCGACUGGGAGGAGUUUAUUGCAGCUCUCAGACCUGACUGGGUGGAGAGACGCGGGCCGCCGACGGAUGCUGACAAGAUCCAUGAUGAGGUGAAGCGGCUGGUCAUGUUGUGCACCUGUCGCCAGAAGUUCCGCGUCUUCCAAGUCGGCGAAGGGAAAUACCGGUUCGGUGACUCACAAAAGCUCCGUCUGGUGCGUAUUUUACGUUCAACUGUGAUGGUACGAGUCGGAGGCGGCUGGGUCGCCCUCGAUGAAUUCCUAGUCAAGAAUGACCCUUGCAGAGCUAAGGGACGCACGAACAUCGAACUGCGAGAACAGUUCAUUCUGGCGGAUGGCGUGUCUCAGAGCAUGGCAGCGUUCCGCCCUCGUACGCCACGUUCUAACACAAACACGCCACCCUCCACGGGACCAAUCACCAAGGUGAGGGAGCGCACAGUCCGCUCUGUGCCGAUGUCUGGCACGGGGGCCACAGGCCGCGCCUCGCGCUCCUCGCUCAGCGCCGGCACGCCGGACUCGCUCAGUGACAACGAGACUGCGGGCGGACUCACUUCUAGAUAUAGGAAACCUAGUGUGCCCAGGUCAACAUUAACUCCUGGUGGAUCAAGACCCGGUUCCAGACCAGGCUCAAGGGCAGGAUCUAAACCACCAUCUAGGCACGGGUCAAAUCUUUCCUUAGAUAGUACCGACGACGUGUUGACGCCAUCUCGCAUUCCGAUGCGUAAAGUGACGAAUACGAGAACAUCGAUAGCUCGAGCUGCAGCUACUGCCAGUAAGCUUGGUGCUACCACACCCAACGGAGGCUCACGGCCCAGGACACCAACUGGACUUCUAACUCCGGCUAGUGGAAGGUUUACAAGUGGAGGGAUAUACCGCACUUCGAGCAUACCGACACUGUCCCCGGUGCCAGCGCUCGUGAGUUCGACACAUUCCCAGCCGUCUUCGGUGGCGUCUGAACAUCCCAAGUCUUUAUCACACAAUCAUCCAGCAUUCCAAACCCAAGGCUCCACAAAGAUUCCGGUUUAUAUCGGUCACCGAUCCCAAAGGUCACCCUCCGUCGACCGAAGUUUAAAAAUUUCACGUAAAUCUCACUCGAGAGAGAUUUCUCUAGAACCCAGUCCAACAUCCUAUGAUCCUUCGCGGAAAUCCGACCCGAGAAGUCCAGAAGACGAUUCCUCGCUAUUCAGCAUAUCUGGAAUGACGAGCGACAAUGAAUGCGAUAGUAACAUGAGCGAGUCGAGUGGUGAGGCGCCAAAGCCAACUCAACGCGUCAGCAAAGGGAGCGGCUCGUUUGCCUUCGCCGAAGGACAAACGCCCGGCCGAAGUCGUAUACCGAUUCUAAAGGACCAGCACACUAACAGUAACCUUACUAGGCAAAGGACGCCAUCGGGCAGCAGUACGCCAGUGCGUCCCGGACAGCAGACCGCGACCACGCGACUACUCAGAAAGAAGUCAGACGCGUCAGAUAGCGGAGCUCCUACUACGCCUCUGACACGACGCGGAACUCCGGCAAAUCGAACUACGGAAAAACGCGAACCAUUCCGAUUGUAAACGAAUUUUGACUCGAUUAAUCGACAAAAUUGGGAAGUAAUUUCGCGAUUUUGUCGCUUAUCGAUAUUAUAUAGUAUAAAGACAGACACUUUGAUAUUAAAUUAAUAU